UACGCAGGUGCAAAUCUUUUCAGGUGGUGAAGUAAUUUCACAUUUUGUUUAAAGGCGAGAAAAAAAUGAAUAAAAUCGAUCGAUUUAGCUCACUAUUGUCAGAGCGUCUGUCGGUCGUCGUGAGAGAGAUUAUUGGAAUGGUCGAAGAUAUUGUGUCUGAGUACCGAGAGGAAACUACGCGCACGAAGAAAGAGAACGAAAUCCUAAAACGUCAGCUGCGGGACUUCUUUCUAAUAGAUGACGAUACAGACGCCUUCGAGGAGGGUACUACAACUCAGCAGAAGGAGGGCAGUUUGGGACAGCAGGAGCCUCUGAUCAAUAUUACCCUGCAGAACCUGUGUCAAAAGCUGCCCGAGAGCAGAGUGCCUGCCUCGGACCAUAGAGCCAAGCCCAGCAGAGAGCCUGAUGAUCCCUUGAGCCACAGCUCAACACAGCCCGGGAAGGAGUUGGGAAAGAGAAGACGGUCUGUGAUUUGGAGGCCAGCACAGAGCAAUUCUUCAGGCUCUUCUCACAGCGGUGCUGCCAGCGACCUCUCUGAGCAGGAGGACUCAGCUGAGAGUGGUGACACAUGCACACCCACAGACACGGGAGCAGGAGGAAAAGGACAAAAGAGGAAGCCAGCAGAGAAGGCCAGUACGUGUGCUGGGGGUCCCCUAAAGGCCAGCACUCGUGCUGGGGGUCCCCAUAAGUGCUCCAAAUGUGACAAGUCCUUUACCGAACUGAAGUACCUCAAGUCCCAUCAUCGACUGGCCCACAGCAAGGUAAUGGGCUGCAAUAUCUGUGGCAAGGCCUUUGCCCAGACUGUGGAUCUGCAGCGGCACCUUCUCACGCACUCGGGCGAGAGGCCGCACCAGUGCGACCGCUGCCCCCGCAGCUUCGCCCAGCUGGGCAACCUCAGGAAGCAUCAGCAGACCCAUGAGAGCAAACAGCAGCACAAAUGCCCCCACUGCAACAUGGGCUUCAAUGACCCGGAUGCCCUGGGCCAGCAUGACUGUGGCAGGGACAAGCCAUUUUGCUGCAACAUCUGUCGGCAGUGCUUCUCUUCUGCCAAGAGCCUGCAGGCCCACCUGCGCAAAACCCACCCCAAAGCACAAACACUAGGCAGCAAAGGCAAGAGAUGAAAGAGAGGAUAGGCCAAUUUUUCUAAUUUCAGAUUAGAUGUGUGCAUGUUAUUUUUGGAUCUUUAUCCAACUGAUACAAAUUCCUCUGAAACAAAGGACAAAAUGAAUGAAAACUCUACUGACAAUGUUCCUCCUUAACCGUACUGGGCACCAUGAAGUCAGUUUAAGGACUUUAUUUUAAAUACAUUUGCAUGUUCUUUGUAAAGGCUCUACACCUCUUUCAUAUUUAAUUUUGAGUAAGUAUUGUUUGAACUCAUGCUAAUAUAACUACCGUAAACCCCAUAUGAUAUAUCAGUUCAUCAAUUAAAGACAAACACUCAAGAUUUCUAGUGGUCAGUGGGUGUAUAUUUAAGAAUAAUGUUUUAGACAUAUUCUGAUUCCACAGACUGCGAAUUGAUGGAUCCAUUUGCCGACCGUAGAUGUAAUUUCUCCUAUCCAGAGGGAGGCGGUAGAGCUCUUUUUGUUUUGUAUCUAUUGGUUGACCUAUGUUUCACAUGCACGUAACCAAACAUCUUCGGCGUGGCAGAAAGUAUAUGCUCUGUCCGAAAACCUGGCUACCUGCAAUCUAGAAUAUUUCUAGAGUCAAGUGUCUUUUUUGAAGAACAGUAAAAUGACCAAACUAGAUCGUUUAAAUUCAUUCCUGUCUGAACGACUAUCGGCAGCAGUAAAUGAGAUAAUAUACACGGUAAGCAUGACGAUACAGGAAUACGAGGAAGAAACGGCACGGAUACGUAAAGAAAACGAUUAUCUGAAGGAAAUGUUAAAGGUUACAGGAUGCAGUAUUGCAGAAAUGAAUCCUGGUGUGGUCUCCUCCCUGUCCAGCGGACAAGAUUGCAGCUCAAGCUUGGAGCAGGAGUCGGAGCUCCAGCAGGCCCACAAUACGCACCUAAAAGUAGAGAAGUCUUGUAUUAAAACAGAGCAGCUCUGUCACCCUACAGAUUCUGACUCGGAGUCAGAAACUAGGCAGACAGGCGCAUCACAGACAGACAGCACUAUGGAACCUCCCCAGUCUGUCCACUGUACCACCUUGUUAAACACGCCUGCAGUUGACGGCGAGGUUAUAGACUAUAAUUUCCCUGCAAAGAUCAAAGUAGAGUCAAUAAACACAGACUCACAUUCACUUGACGUCACGGACAGUGUAGAUGCCAGCAUCCAAAGCUGGUCCCCACAAACCUGGGAUCGGAUUGCCGAAAACACUGACCAGAGUAGGGCCCAACAAGUCAGUCAGAGGCCAUGCGGCAUUGAGGUUGCACAUUCUGUACCAACAGCCUCUCUGAACAGGCCAGUGGAAUUUCGCGCUGCAUUCAGCUAUUCAAACCGAAUCAUAUGCACCAACAGGUUACACUGUACCAGCAGACACUGUGAAAUGCAGAAAAGAACCAUAGCCAAAUCAAGCCCUGUAUGGAAGUAUUUCUCACUGAAGGAGGGUGACUGUAGUAAGGCAGUUUGUCUCAUGUGCAAGGCAGUAAUCUCUCGGGGUGUUAAAGAGUACACCACAUCGGCUCUGUUAAAACACCUCCGUAUGAAACAUGGCAAAUGUUGAUGUUCAGACUGUUCUUUUUUUUUUUGUACUUGUGAAUCAGUCUUUAAUUUGACACCAGUAUUACAAAGGCAAUAUCUGGAGAUCUAAAUAUAGACAACAUGCUCAAUCUAGACUGCUCAAAAAAAUGAAGGGAACACCAUCACAGUAUAACACGUGUGAUUAUUUAAACUUCAAGAAUAUCAAUCUGUCCAAUUAGGAAGAAUAAGAGAUUGUGAAUUAAUUUGGUUCAAAUGAAAGUGACAAGUUCACUGCAGUGGCAGCAACAAGACAUCCCCCAAAAGGAAUGGUUUUGCAGGUGUUCGCCAACAAUUACUCCCAACUUAUCGUUCCUGACUGAUUCUUAUCUGCAGUACUGUAGUUUUGCAUGAGGAUGGCAUGAGGGCCCAACGUCUUCUAGUAGGACCUCGCAGCCCAUUGCCACACAGUCCGAUUAGCAUUCGCCAGAGAACAUCAGAAUUGGCAGGUCCACCAUUGGUGCCCCAUUCUCUUCACAGAUUAGAACAGGUUCAUGCUGAGCAUGUGACCGAGUCUGGUGAAGCCAUGGUUAGUCUGCCUGCAACAUCAUACAACAUGACCUGUUUGGUGGUGGGUCUGGGGAGGCAUAUCCUUGCAAGCAUCCACCUGAUUGCCACCGGUACCCUGACUGCUGUUAGGUACUGGGAUGACAUCCUCAGAGCCAUUGUCAGACAGUACGCUGGUACAGGACAAUGCACAGCCUCAUGUGGCCAGAGUAUGUAGGCAGUUCCUGGAUGUUGAAGGCAUUGUAGCCAUUGGCUGGCCCUCAUGUUCCCCAGACCUGAAUGUAAUUGUCUGGAACAUCAUGUAUCUGACACUGCCAAGUAGCACUACAGACUGUCCAGAAGCUCACUGAUGCCCUGAUCCAGGUCUGGGAGGAGAUCCCCAAGGACACCGUCCGCAGUCUCUUCAGGAGCAUGCCCUGGCAUUGUCAGGAGUGCCGACAGGCACGUGGGGGCCAUACACACUACUGAGUCACUCGAGUUGCCAUGAGGAAAUUCCUGCUGUUUGGAUCAGUCUGUGAUUUCAAUAUUUCACUUUUCAGUGCGAGUUUGAAUCCAGCCCUCAAUGGGUUGAUGAUUUUGGAUUCCAUUGAUUGUCAUUUUGUUCUCAACAAAGUACACAAUUUAUUUAUUAGUAAAGGUUUUCAACUUGAAUCUUUUGUUCAUUGAGAUCCAAUGGGUGAUUUGAGUGUUCCCUUAAUUUUUUGAGCAGUGUAGUUUAAAUUGAUUAAAAACUACAAUAAAUCAAAUGAUGUGCGUGGAACCCUCUUUACCACAUUCAGUUCGUUCUGGGACAAUGGCACCAAACCUGCAGUCCUCGGAUGGCUAAACAAAUGUUCAUAAAAAAGUGUAGGAAUUGUGAAGUGCUGAUUACUGUAAAUGGGUCACUUACUCAGAAAUUAGAAACAAAAAAAAAUCAGCAAUAGACAAUACAACUAAGAAAACAGAUCUCAGAUAAGUUUAUACUUUAAGUAUUGUGGUGAAAUAUGGUAUGGAUCAGAGCUAGACAAUUACAGCUCCUAAAACACUUAAUGCAUAUGGUGCCAGAAUGAGAUUAUUAAAUGUUAUGGAUUAAAGAUGCACUGUAUUCUAUGAAAAAAUGUAAGCAAUUUGUUUAUUUUCUGCCAAAUACUAUUUAGCAAAGGUUUUUAAACUAAAUGAUUAGACUUGAACAUCAAUCAGUUAAAUGUGAUUUUAAGGUGUGUUUUGUUUUCAUGGUAUGAGUCUGAUAAGAUUUUCUUUGCCAUAUAUUGACUGGUGUAAUUAAACAAAUUUCAGAUAUGUCUUAAGUAUGCACAAAAGUUUAAUAAAGUUCAGGAUGUUCCUCUGUUCUUUUACCUUUCAGUUUUACUGUACUUUGGUAAGGGUAGAACAUGGCA